UUCAUCUCCGACAAACGAGUCCACUCACGGUCAGAAACACCAACCUUACCGGUCAUCUCUCCAACGAUCAAAGAAAAUGUCUGCUCGAGGAUGCUUUAACUGCGGGGGCUGUGCGUUGUUGUUGUUGUUGUCGUCGUCGUGCUUUCUUUCCCUCCCUUCUCCACAUUCCCCAUAUCACUGUCCUUCCCCUCAUUUCGACAUAUAUCUGCUUCGCUACCAAUUGGGGACGCUGCUGACGAUGUUCUGUUCCUUUUCAUUUGCAUAUCCUCAACACAACUUGUCGUGCGGUGCGGGGGCGAAUAUAAUGUUUUCCAAACUUGGACGCAAACGCUCUUGAAUGUCUUUCGAUAACGGUUAUAUCGGAUUUGGGAUCGUAGUCGGCCACCAAGCUGCCAGCUGUCCCAAGGCUGGAACUCCCACUUGCUACAACUGCGGCCUCGAAGGACACGUCUCUCGCGACUGCACGAGCGAAGCCAAACCCAAGACAUGCUACAAGUGCGGUCAAGAAGGCCACAUUUCGCGUGAAUGCCCCGAUACCACUGCGGCAGCAGCUUCGGGUGGUGCCCAGCGCGGCGGUGCUGAAUGUUACCGUUGCGGUGAGAAGGGCCAUAUCGCUCGGGAGUGCCCUCAGGCUGGCGGAUCCAGCACUGGUGGAGGUCGCGGCGGAAAGUCAAGCUCAUAUGGAUCGUUUGGAGGCAAGACCUGCUACACUUGCGGCGGAACCGGCCACUUGAGCCGUGAUUGUGUCCAAGGAUCCAAGUGCUACAACUGUGGUGGUGUUGGUCACAUCAGCCGCGACUGCACUCAAGCUCAGAAGCGAGCCUGCUACACUUGCGGCAGUGAGGGACAUAUCUCUCGUGACUGCCCGGGGGCGGAGGCUGCAGCUUGAUACAAUGUAACUAGGUGGACGCCGCUUACUGUGUUCAAUCGGUGGUGCAUCACAUAUCUGUACUGAUAGGAAAUGUCUGUGUCUGCUAGUGAAUGUUCAAUCCGCUCUCCAGUCCUGU